AUGGCAUCUGCUACGACAAAAACCAAGGGUUCGUGUCUCUGUGGCAAAGUACGCUAUGAACUCGAAGGCCAGCCUCUUCACUAUGUGUUAUGUUUCUGUAACAACUGCAGAAAAACAACGGGUUCUUUAUGCAUGGCGAACAGCUGGUAUAAGAAGGAGGCACUAAAAAUUACCGAAGGCAAAAACAACCUGGCGACAUACCUUGACAAAACAACCGAUUCCGGGGUUGUUCUUGAACGUUCGUUCUGCGUAUCUUGCGGCUCGUCGGUUGUCAGCGAAAACAAGGCUAGACUUCCUGAUAUGGUGAUCGUGUCAUCUGGUACGUUGGAUUUGGCUGAGGGAGAAAGCUGGGGCCCACCGACGCUGGAGUUUUUUUGCAAAAGAAAGGCGGCAUGGUUGACCACGUUUGAAGGCUCAGAGAAGUUCAGGACGAUAUCUUAA